AUGAUAACGCUAUUCGGCGGCAUUUUUCUAUGGUUCCGUUCUUUGUUACAAUCACGAAAUGUCCCAAAAGUUGGUUUCGGCAUAGCGGUAUCCAGCGGUCGGGAAAAUCCAAAUUUCACAUCGGGUGAUCCGGCAGUUAUCGUCAGUGACGUCAUUCCAACCGGUCCCGCUUGGGGGCUUGUUCAGGUGAACGAUUGCAUAUUAUCGGCAAACGGUGUAGCACUUGAAAGUGCCGAUUACGCGGAGGCAGUAAAGAUUAUGAAGGAAUCGCAGCAAUUAAAUAUGAUUGUAAAACGACGAGUGCCGAUGCCGCUUAUCGAAUAUGAACAACGUACGCUAAAGUUCACCUUGUCAAAGUCUCGGAAAAAAGAAGAUUUCGGCAUUAUCCUUGGUUGUAAAUUCUACAUUAAAGAAAUCACGAAUCGUAAGCUAGCUGAAAAAGAUCCCGGUUUACGUGAAGGUGAUACAGUACUCAGGAUAAAUGGUCAAUCCGUAGAAGGUAUCACAAUUGAGGAAGCAACUAAAUGGCUUUCAAAAAGUCGUGAAAAACUUUCUCUUGUUGUUCAAAGGGACGUGCGACGGGACAGCAGCAGAUGGCCGAGUCAGAAUACAGUUUAUGAACGGUUAGGUUCAGUAUCGGGAACACCGCGUCAUAGUCCGUCACCGAUGCAUAAUUUACAUCAGUCUUUAGCACCGCGAUCAUCACUCGAAUAUGUCAAUACUUCGGCAAUGUCGAACACCAGGUGGUCUCAAAGUGAACGGCAAUCAAUUGAUUAUGGAGAUUUUCAUCGAAGGAAUGGAAGUAUUACAAACAGUCAAAGUAGUCAAGGCGAUGUCGGCGUUAGGACAGUCCGCUUUCGAAAAAUUGGCGGUAGUUUGGGAGUCCGUGUAAUUGGUGGAAAUCAAGUUGGUAUUUUUGUAUCAGCUGUCCAAGAAGAUUCACCUGCUGCAGUACAUUCCAUCAGGUCGGGCGAUCGAAUUUUGUUCGUUAAUGAGAAAUCGAUGAUUGGAGUUACUCGGGAGGAGGCUGUUCGUCACUUGUUGGCACUGCAGGAUGAUGUAACUAUCAAAGUGGAAUAUGCAGCUGCGGAUUUUGAAAGGAUCAGAAAUGGGCCACUAGGAGAUAACUUUUAUAUUAGGACCCAUUUUGCCCAUCAAAAAUCAUCUAAUCAACUGGAAUUAUCAUUUCAUAACGGUGAUAUUUUCCAUAUCACGGAUACCCUUUUUGGUGGAACAGUUGGCUUUUGGCAAGCUACACGCGUCUAUUCUGCUGCUGAGAACGGAAAUUAUGCUCAAAACGAUAGCAAUAAAGGCGUUAUACCAAAUUUAGAAACAGCCGAAAAACUGGCGAAAACAGCACGUGUUGACACAUCAACAUUUGGUCGUUCUACUUUCUUCCGGCGGAAACUGAAAGAGCGACGGACGAAGUCGUUGACAAAGAAUGUAGUCGAUGACGUAACCUUUGAUAAUACCUGUGAUAUGGCCUUUCCUGCUUAUGAACGAGUCACAUUGAGGCAUCCCCAGUUCCAAAGGCCUUUAGUACUCUUUGGUCCAUUGGCAGAUAUUGCUCGACAGCGGUUGCUGACAAGUUUUGCUCUUCGUUUUGCAGGUGUUGUCGAUGAAAGUAUCGUGCGAUUGAGUGCAAUCGAUGCCGUUAUCGCUGCUAAUAAGCAUUGUGUACUGGACGUUAGUCCAGGGUCAGUAGAACGUCUGCAGCUUGCACAGUAUGCACCUAUUGUUAUUUUUAUUGAUGUUGAAAGUCGAAGCAGAAUACGUGAACUUAGAAGUAAGGCUGGCGCUGCAACUAUUUCUUCCAAAAAACUCGCUGAACAAGCGCACAAAAUAAAGAAACAUUACUCAUAUCUUUUGACAGCAACGCUCGAUGCAACGAAAGAGGAUGGCUGGUUUGAAGCUCUGCUGCAACUGAUAGCGCAUUUGCAAAAUCGUCGGGUGUGGAUGCCAGAAUUUCGACCUCUCACUAAUCUGAAUGAUGUGAUAUUGCUGCCUAUGCAUAGUUUCCAAAAUCAGAGUGAUUCUGAUGUGGACUCAUUAAAAGGGGAUUAUUCAACCAAUGAAUAUUUUACAAGGUCACAAUUGCAACUGGAAAACAGCGAUUCUCUCGCGAAGUCUAGCUUCGACACUCAACUAAGCGGCUACGAUACACAAUAUCCACGACCACUUCGACCAGUUCAGUCACAUCUGACAAAUUAUCCACCAUCACCAUCACCAGUUGUUGCUUCUUCUGCUGGAAUGUUAGCACCAAGAAGCAGUUUCUACCAAAAUAUCCAUCCUUACAUUAGCAACAACCGUUGGGUCAACCAUACUACCACCUCUGGGACUGUAAAUACCAACGCUGCUGUGCCGACACAAGCUGGCUUCAGUGAUGCAAAACAGGUUUUGGCCGAAAAUGCUCAAGAUUUUCCAGUCGGUGGUACACGAGAAAUUAUGCGGAAUCAUUUUGAGAAUAUCGACAGUUCAUUACCAUAUGGUGCCAACAACUCCAUAAUUGGUGAUCGGGAUACGAUGACGCAUUCGGGUCGAACAGGAUUGUUUUAUGACCAUUUGACAAGGGAUCGAUGGGUUAGUAACCAAACUGAAAAAAGGCAAAAUAUGCCAUCCCAGAUUUUGCAUGGUAAUUCGCCAUUCCAUGCUCCAAAUGCAGCAACAUCAUCGUUGCCUAGUGAAGAUCGAAUGCUGAUGAGCGAGAAUAAUGAAACGAUGCAUAACACUGAGGACAAUUCUGUCUUGCGGUUAUCGCACGCAUCUCCAACGAAUGAUUUUAAUGCUCCAGUGGAUCAUAUUGCUAGUGGUGGUAAUGAUGCCACAAAGGAUGCUAUCACGAGUACGGAUUCUAAUGCUACAGUUAUUGAGCAUGCGACAGGUAUGAUAGACGUCCGAGGCGGGAGAUUGAGCUGCCCAAAAACUGGCGUGUCACUGAUCAUUCCCGAAGGAGCAAUCAAUGAAGGCAUUCAACAAGAAAUUUACGUGAAAGUUUGCCGAGCAAGUGACGCUGGAAAUCGACCACCACUUGAUGAAAGUCGGGGUGAGAGUUUAAUGAGUCCAUUGGUGAUGUGUGGGCCUCAAGAUUUGCAGUUCAAUGUUCCGGUUGAAUUGCGAUUACCCCAUUCCGUCUCAAACAGUAGUGAGAAUUGGUCAUUAGCUUUAAAGUCUGGUACUGGACAGCAGUGGGAUCAAGUGGCAUUGGAUAAAAACACUUCAUCGGUUGUAACAGACCAUUUUGUUUCCAUUAAAAUCAAUCAUUUCUAAAAAUCUUAGUAAAUAUAUGAAGUUCAUUUGUUAUUGUUAUGGUAAGCUCAUUAUUAUUAUUUUUUAAAAUAUAUUUCCAUUAUUAAUUAAGGCUUCUUUAC